AUGGUAUUCUUCACCUGCAACCACUGUGGAGAAGCUCUGAAGAAGCAAGCCGUAGAAAAGCACGGCUACAGGUGCAAGCGGGAACUGAACGUUUCGUGUAUGGACUGUAACAAGGAUUUCUACGGCAAGGAGUAUGAUGCGCACACGAGCUGUGUUACGGAGCUGGAGAGGUACUCGGAUAAAAAUUACGUCCCCAAGGCGAACGCAAACAAGGGCGCACGGAAGCAGGAAACGUGGAUCAGCACCAUACGCGCGAUCACGGAGGCCAAGCGCAACCUUCCGAAGGGUGUAACGUCGGUGUUCGAGGUGAUCCAACGGAACGACAACAUACCGCGCAAGAUGAAGGGCUUUAUGAAUUUCUUUCAAAACUCGGCCAAAUACAUACGCAAACCGGACGUAGAGGCGGCCUGGGCUUUGAUCGAAGAAGAAGUCAAACGCAGCAAACCACAACCCGUUGAAACGGCGGCCAAAACAAGUGAACAAAAACCCUCAAACGAAACCACAGCACCAACGAACGGCAAACGAAAACAGGAACCGGAGCAGGUACCGGAGCAACCCGCGGGGAAGAAACGGAAAACGGGAAACACUUCCAACGGCACCGAAAAUGGACACAACACUGAAGCAGUGGCCAACGGAACAACCGAAUCGCCCGCAGCAGAAAACGAUGACCAAACGAAUGGUAGCGAAAAGUUCCGAUGGAACGACGUGAUUCGCAGUUUGCUGGUUUCCAAAAACAAUCAAAUGAAACUGUCCAAGCUGAAAAAGAAGGUUCUGAAACGCUACCGACAGUUCUCCGAUGGUGACGGUGCCGAGGGAAAGUUCGAGAAGAAGUUUAGUAAGAAAUUGUUAAAAGCACAGUUUAUUGUGGAAAGCGACACUGUACGAUUGGUGGCGUAGAUAUACAACCCGAACGUUUGUAUGUAAUGUAAUUAAAUAAAUACAUCAACAUAUUAAAGCUACUUAAAGUACCUAUCGCU